GCCUUUUGCUAUUUGUCCGUAGCAGCGGUCAACUUUCACCUGAAUUACAAAACAAUAACUUCAGACCAGAAGUUUAAAAUGCUGUAGCUGCGCUGCUGCGUGGAUCGAAGCGAGGCCGUUUGGGGUGAACACACUUAACGACCGACUGAGCGGAGCGAUAGGACCAAAAUGGCAACCCCCUAUGUUACAGAUGAAUCUGGUAAAUACAUCGCUGCGACUCAGCGACCUGACGGGACCUGGAGGAAGCCGAGGCGUGUGAAGGACGGUUACGUGCCCCAGGAGGAGGUCCCUGUGUACGAAAACAAAUAUGUGAAGUUUUUCAAAAGCAAACCAGACCUGCCCCCUGGCCUGAACCCAUCAGACGCUGCCCCCCCACAGCAGCAGAAGGUCCCUGGGAAUGACAGCGAGACGGCGGCGGGCCUCUCAAAGUCGGCCAAACGCAACAUGAAGCGUAAAGAGAAGCGAAAGCAGCAGCAGCAGGAGGACCAGGACGGCGAUGCAGAGGUGGAGACGGUGAGCAGCGCUGUGGACAACAUGUCCAUCUCAGACAGAGACAAGACCGAGGGCCCGUCCUCCAUCUCGUCUCCUGAGGACACCUCAGCAGCGGCGGCUGAGAAGGCCAAGAAGAUCAAGAACGUGAAAAAGAAGCUGCGGCAGGUGGAGGAGCUGCAGCAGAAAGUGGACUCGGGGGAAAUAAAGCAGCCGACGAAGGAUCAGCUGGAAAAGUUGUUCCGAGCCGAAGCUUUACGAGACGAGCUGGAGCAGCUGGAGAGGGACUGAGGAGUCGGACUGAACAUGCAAUUCAUGGACAGGAAAAGACAUUUGCAGCGAGGAGAUCAUGGUUUCCAUAAAUAUUCCACCACACUGACACUCAGUACGAACAAUGGAAGCAAGCAGCCCUAAUUAAGGACAGGAUGUUUGUGUGGGAGCCGUUACAUCCACUGCAGAUAAACUUUACUUUUUAAGACGUCUUCGUGUGUCUGCAGACACAUCAGCCAAGCCCGUGGUUAUAAAUAUCCUUUUCACUGGUCAUUGUGACUCGUUCUGAGUACGUUCUUAACGUUAAUAAUGUCAACAGGUAGAAAAACAAAGUGUUUUCAGUUGGACUCGUUCUAGUUUCUCCAUUUUGACCUUUCUGUUUUUGAAACAAACAGUUUGUCUGUGAUGGGACGGCCUUUGGUCGUUACACUAAUGUCAAGUCUCCAUUCAUUAAAACUGAAGAUGAUUUAAGGGUUUUUCUCUUCCUUAUAAGUUUUGAACU